AAACGAAGACACCGUGUUUGAAGCUGGCAAAGUUUCCAAGUGGGUCAACGAGGCAGCAGAUCGGUGAGCAGUAAAAGGAGAACUUUUAGCAGCUUUUAAUGAAGAACGACUUGUCUCCAGCAGCAGCAGCGAGCCGGAGAUUUGCUCAUCUGCUAUCUGCGAUUACACCUACGAAGACAAAGAACGAUUACAACUACCUGCCUGAUGCGUUGCCUCCUCUUCCUGAAGUCCCGGACUCCGGCUCGGUCCUGAGUUCUGUUAACAUUCCGGCCCGCUGCCUCCGCAACCCGGCCUUCCGCCACACCUCCUCGAGCUACUGCUCCGCCCUCAGCAUGGACUCCUCUCCCGACAGCGCCGAAAGGCCGAUCAGCUACAGCUCCACCUCUUCCUCAGCAUCUUCCCGGGACAGUCACUGCUCGCUGGGCAGCCGCUCCACCCUCGUCCCAGCCCCUCACUGCAACCCGGCGACCCCAGACCGGGACUCCGGGGCAAUUCGGUUGGAACUGGUCCCCGCCCGGCAGUUGGGAUGCCAGGAGGAAGAUCAUCGAAAUGAUGGAGGGGUGGACACAGGGAGGGGACAAGGGAGACAGAGCAGUGGACAGACUUUGACAGAACAUUCAGAGCCUGAGGUUGGUCCAGAUGGACCAGGAGAGCGGACGGGUCAGGUGCAGGGACCCAGGACGUAUGUGGACCGGGUGGUGCAGGAGAUACUGGACACAGAGAGAACCUACGUCCAGGACCUACGCAGCAUUGUAGAGGACUAUUUGGAGUGUAUCAGUAAUCAGUCUCGGCUGGCCUUGAGCUCUGAGGAUAAAGGCUCCCUCUUCGGCAACAUCCAGGACAUCUACCACUUUAACAGGGAUCUUCUUUAUGAUCUUGAGAAAUGCAACGCUGACCCUGUCGCCAUCGCGGAGUGCUUCGUAUCCAAGAGUGAAGAAUUCCACAUUUAUACUCAAUACUGCACCAACUACCCACGGUCGGUGGCUGUGCUAACAGAGUGCAUGAGGAACAAGGCGUUGGCCAAGUUUCUCCGCGAGCGCCAGGAAUCUCUGAGGCACUCCCUGCCCCUGGGCUCCUACCUGCUCAAGCCAGUGCAGAGGAUCCUCAAGUACCACCUACUGCUGCAUGAGAUAGCCAACCAUAUGGAGAAGGACACAGAGACCUACGAGGUUGUGCAGGAAGCCAUAGACACCAUGCAGAGAGUGGCCUGGCACAUCAACGACAUGAAGAGGAAACAUGAGCAUGCCGUUAGGUUGCAGGAAAUCCAAAGCUUGCUGACCAACUGGAAGGGCCCUGACCUUAUCGGCUAUGGAGAGUUGGUUCUCGAAGGAACAUUUCGUCUGCAGCGAGCCAAGAACGAGAGAACUCUCUUUCUGUUUGACAAGCUUCUGCUCAUUACCAAGAAACGAGAAGAAACCUACACGUACAAGGCCCACAUACUGUGCUGUAACCUGAUGCUGGUGGAAAUUAUUCCCAAAGAACCACUGAGUUUCAGCGUGUUUCACUACAAGAAUCCCAAACUUCAGCACACGGUCCAGGCCAAAUCACAGCAAGACAAGCGCAUGUGGAUCUUGCACCUCAAGAGACUCAUACUUGAAAACCAUCCAGCCAAAAUCCCUGCCAAGGCUAAGCAAGCAAUUUUGGAGAUGGAUGCAAUGCAUCAUCCCGGGUUUCAUUACAGCCCUGAUGGAGACAAGAAAGAUUCCCAUCAGACCAAGGAGGGUCCAACCCCUCGUAGAGGACGCAGGAAAGAACCUCUUUCCAAAUUAUUGAAGAAUGCCAAGCAGAAUGCUGCCAACACAGACGGUGAAAAGCGAAUAAGUCUGGGUGCCACCCUGCUCUCGCCAAUGUCCCAGCUGGCUUUGGGCACCAUCGGUCGCAGCCGCAGCCUCAUCAACCAAUCACAGGAGUCCCUGGACCCCGGAGAUCACUAUGACCACAGUGACAGAGAAGAAGAGCAGCAUCAGCAAGAUGCUGACGAUGAAGAUGACAGUGGCCUGGGAGGUGGAAAGAGGCUGCGAGUCCCUGGCAAAAGCAGCAGGAAGAGGCUGAACCCUCAAGCAUCUGUCGACAGUAUAGAACAAUGGAAAUCCUUCAACAUGAGUUCUACAGACCUACAGAGAGCCAGAGAAACCCUAGUGAGGGAAGGAAGUCACCACCCGCCGCUUCUCAGGACACGUCGUGUGACAGAGGAGCCUCCUGACACCCCCAUUCCCUCUGUAGUAGUCACAGAAAGUGACCAGUCUGUGAGGAACAUCUGGGCCGACCACCGUGCUCGGAGGGCCAUGUUCCCCACCCGCCAGAGAACCAUGCAGCCGGAUGAUGAGGACGAGGACAUCUACCAGAUGUUUGUCCCAACAGAGCCAAGCGGACCAGAACCAGAGGUGCCCUCGGAGAGGUCAGAGGCCACCUCGUCGCCCAAGACAGCUCGGCCCUGCAGCUGGCACGUGGAACAGCUGCCCACAGUGCAGAUUGACCCUCCGCCCGAUGGGAGCAGAGUCCUGCGGAGGGCGAGCAGCGCAGGGGAGAACGCUACGCAGGCUCGACACAGUCCGGAUGAUGACGACCAGGCCGCUCACAGCAACUUGGAAGUGAUCCACACUGAAUCCUCCAGCAAUGACAUAUCCGGAUCAUCCUCGGCUGAGCAGCUGACGCUAGACGAUAUUGAAAAUGUGUAUGACAACAUCAGCUAUGAGGACCUCAAGAGAAUGGGCCUCGUCAGAAGAGACCCUGAGGAAAGCCAGCCACGGAAAGAGACCUCUGCAGAUGCACAGGGUCUCCAGGGCCAGGCAGCAAGGGUGCAAAACACUCCAGAGGCUCCUGUGGUUACAGCGCCUAUGAUUGAACCAGACAUUUCCUCAGAUAACAAUAGGUCCUCCGCACAGGAGGCGGGGCCAUUUGGGACAUGUGAGCUCAAGAUAGUAGAGGAGAACAUCUACGACACCAUCUGUUUCAGGGAGCCCCCAUCAACGGAGCUUAAAGGAAUGAAUGAACGCGAUAAACUAAAACUACAGAGGGACAGUCUACUGGCCUCUGAACAAGACCUGAGUGAAAGCAUUGGAGGGUUCGUAUCCGAGGAGAGCCUCCACUUUGGAGAAGACGAAGGACCGGACACCUCCCGGACUGUCCCGUGUUCCUCUGAGCCAGAUUAUUCCUCCUCGUCUGCCUCCGAGACUUUCUCUCAGCGUUCGCAGAAAGGGGAUAAGAUGUCAGAGCAGGUCGACGAGAUCUGGAACGAUCUUGAAAACUACAUCAAGAUCAAUGAGAAGAAAGCCGAUAGACUCCCGGCGGCCUUCCCUGUCAGCGCCAGCGAGUCGCCCAAGAAGGCGUCCUCUGUCAAAAACAGCCCUAAAAAGAGCCGCCCUGUAAUAAGUCCUCAAGGAGCCAGCCCCCCAACCAAGAGUCCCCCAACACAUCAGCCUAAACCUCCACCUGUCACCUCCAUGCCGUCAUUCACCAUCCCAGUCAUCAACCUCCCUGAACCUCAAAGUGAAGGCACCACUGCAGAAGAAACCCACAGCACUUCUCCUACAUCGCGCCCCCUUCCUGACACCCCAGAACCCCUCCCCGGCACAGUGAAGAGCAUCCGUAACAGACUGGCACGCCUCAGCAGCGGAAGCUUCCGCCUGGAGGACGACGACCUGGUGGAGCUUCCUCAACGAAAUACCCCUCAGAAGGAUCUUCCCCUCAAGGACCUUCAUAGUUUGUUUCCAGGGGAGCUGGCAGGUCUGGACUCACCCCUGGCCUCCUCCUCUCUACUGUUGGGGGAGUCCGUGGACUUGGAUCUAAUGGAAAAAUCAAAGAACCGGGUGUUCCUGAUGGCACGGCAGUACAGCCAGAAGAUCAAGAAAGCCAACCAGCUGCUGCGCAUGAGGAGCAUGGACCCUGGAGACCCUUGUAGUCGGACCAGAACUGAGAAGAAGCAGAAAGACCUGGCAGCCAUCUUGGAAGAAAAGAAACAAGGGGGCACUGCCAUAGGUGCAAAGAUAGCGGAGUACUCGCAGCUCUAUGACCAGGUAAUGUUUCGGGAUCCUCCGGGUCCAGCUGGCCCUCAUCACACCCACCCAGGGCUGCCGUCCUCUCCGUCCAUGCCUGAGACCUGCAUGGACGAGGACUGGCUCCACUCCACCUACAGCAACGGAGAGCUGGUCAGCUUUAUCUCUUCGUCCAGUGAGUUGGAUGAGGCCCGAGCGUCUUCUACCCCGCAGCACAGACUCACCUCCGCCUGCUCCAUCCCUUCUUUCAAGACCUCCCCCUCAUCUCCAACUACCCCGCCGUCCCAGCGGUGGAGCUCCUGCAUGUCGGCGCCGAGCGAAAAAGACGAGCAUGUGUACAGUUCCAUUAAGAGACAUCCUUCCUUUAACGCUCCGUCUCCUCCCUCCUUAAAGUCUUCCCCAUCCAGUCACUGCCAGUCGCUCGGCUCUCUGGGCGGCCAGCAGCAGGAGAAGAACCAGUCCGGACUCAAGUGUAACAUACCCACGGACAGACUUCAUGGCCCAAGUCUGGGUCGCGCUGGUCGGCAAAGUAGCCUCCCUGAGCGCUUUACCCAGGGACAGUCAGACCUCACUUUACACGACGGUCAACAGGUGGUGGUCCUGAACCGGGCUUCUGCACUGAGCAUACUCAAUGCCACGCAGAACUACCUGGCUAACUUUAAGGACGACGGGGAGGACGAUGAUGACUAUGUAGAGAUCCGCUCCGAGGACGAGAGCGAGCAGGAGCAGGACAGGUUGGCGAGGCGAAACGGUGGCUCGGCAGUCCUGUCCAAUCAGAACAGGGGUCUUAUUCACUCCCAGAGUCUGCCGUGCACACCGGUGCACUCCUGCGACCCGCUGAGGUCCCUGGACCGCGAGCAUCUGGAGAAUUACCUGUGGAGCGAGCCGCAGCAGAGCCAACCCAAAAUCGUCCAGUCUUUGAGGGAGAAGUUCCAGUGUCUGAGCUCCAGUAGCUUUGCCUGAGUCUAUAUGACUAAUAAAAGCCAAAUAUAUGUAAACAUACAGCAUAUAGCAACAAAACGGACACCGCUGCUUUGCCUUGAAUGCCAUCACUCAUUCAACACAAUAAUCCACAAACAUAGCACAUCUCUCAACAUCGUUCAGAAUCACUUUCUUUGAUUGCAGCCAUAUUUGUAACAACUUAGGUGAAUCUCACUGUUACUGGACUUCAAUAUAAAUGAUAGGUUUCUGUUAAUAGUCAAAAGCCUGCAGGUGAGCUGCCCUAGCACUUGAAACGUCUGCGGUCAAAACAAGAUGUUCUCAGUCAUUCGCAAAGGUAUUCAGUGUGACUGAAUGGGUUUUAAUAUUCAAAGGAAUUCAAAGUCUUUUAUUGCUUUACGUGUGCGCCUCUUAAGGGAUAAUUGGAGUCAUAUUAAAUGGUUCUGCUGGAGGACUUUGUGCCAAUAAACUGUUGUACAGUUAACACUAGUUCAGGAUAUCUGUUACAAAUUGUAAGAAAUAUAAUCUUGUCUGUGCCCUUCGUCUCAAACCGAAGUACAAGCAUCACCAAUCUGAUGAUCUUUAGUGGAUCUUGACUUGUCAGGAGAACCUCUUCCUUUUAAUUUGCUGUUAAGGUUAUUUUAACGGCUUUCUCAGCACUAGUUGUAGGAGCUGUGAGCCACAGUGGUGGCUAGUGUUUUUGAUUGUGCUUACACUAUUAAACUGUCACUUUUAACAGCUUUUCAGCAAUAAUUGUUCAAAAAUUAUACAGCUGUUAAAAAGACAAAAAUGUUGGUUUAUAUCCAAUAGGUUAAGUAUAACUACACUUAGACCUGUAAGUAUGUUUAAAGUUAUAGGAUUUCACUCUACCUGCCACCUUUGUCAUCAAUAGGGUAUCACGCUUUAAAACCAAGAGAAGACACUAAUAUUUUAAAUAAUCUAUUAAGAACCGUAGGGCUUCAUAUUUAUUUUUGAAUCUGUGAGUAAAUCAGAGAUGUUUUUAUGUGUUAUGGUCUGGAGGCAUCCAUCAUGUAAAAUGUGCAUCUCAAAAAGUGGAUGUUUUUUUUUUUUUUGAAUCACACAUUUUUCACAUUUUGUUUUUAGAGGGACCACGAAGGAGAACAUAGAACACAAUUAGUUAAAAUACUACAGUACUGUAUUUGAUGUAUUAUGUUUUUUCUCUCAAACUGCUGUCACACUACUGAUAAUGCAUCUUCAGUCACAGAAUGAAAGUCACAGUGUCAUUCACUUUAAUAAUGCUCCUACAACACAAUUGUUUACCUUUCCAGAAUUAUCAACACACUAAAGUUGUCCUAUUUAUUUGAAAGCAUCCCUGUUAUUUUGGCCUUUAUCACUAUUCAAGCCACAGACAAGUUGUAAAAUAAAGUAUUUAUUAAAAGAUGGUUUUAUUCAGAUUUAGGGGCGCAGACAAAAUUUGAAUCAAAUACUGUGAAUAAUUUCAGAAGUAGGUUUUUUUAUCAUGCACUGCUUCACAUAGGUUCCAAAUCACAACAGCAUGUGAAAAGUUAAAAAGCACAAUAUCAUGGCUUAAUGUUCAUAUCAGGAAAUAUGCAUCAAAAGCAAGUUAGGAAUAUGAAGUAUGAUUUUUUUUUUAUUUUUUUUUUUUUUUCAUUGUACAUUUUGUCCUGUUUCACUGGUGGGAUUGUCCGUCUUCAUUGACUCUUUUUUUUGCACUUUUCUGUCUUUUUUACGUUUUAUUUGGAAACACUUUGUAAAGAUGUACAUUUUAGGAAAGUUAUUCUUGUAUGCGAUAGGUAUGCUUUAUAAUGUUUUAAUGUUUAAGUUAAGUACUGUAUUUUUUUAACUGCCUAGUUGUCAUUGCUCAACAAAACAAUGUAUUGGAGGUAAUAAACUCAGAUU